AUGGGGAGCGUGGUCGGAUUGGGUGACGCUGCGAUUGGAGCCGCUAUCAACGCAACGGCCGUGCUGGCAACGGCAGCGCAGCAUUCCGCCGCAGCCGUUCCCUACCACGUCCAGGACAGGACAGCAGGUGGGUGGUCUCAAGCGGAAAUAUCCGUCCCUUAUUCCCAGGCCUAUCCCGCUUCCACUGUCAAUGCAGCAGCUGCUGCUGCUGCUGCUGCUGCUGGCGCUGGGCUGCUGACUCGGAAGUUCAUCGAUCUCAUCAAGGCCAGUCCCGACUGCUCCGUGGAUCUCAACGUCGCUGCUGCCUCCCUCAGUGUGCAGAAGCGGCGGAUCUACGACAUCACGAACGUGCUUGAGGGGAUUGGGCUGAUUGAGAAGAAGGGCAAGAACAUUGUGCGCUGGGCAGGGAUGAACCUGCAAGGGGAGGGAGCAACACGGAUGCAACACGACGUGAGCAGUGCCCAGGCAUGGUUGGGGAGGGUUGGGUGUUAUUUAUUUGACUCUGCCGUGUUGCCUUUUUCUCUUUCCCAACCUCCGCCCCCUUCCCACGCAUCCCUCCCUUCCCCCCCUUUCCACCGUUCUCCCCCUUCCCAACCCGCCUUUCCACCCCUUUACCCUUUUGCCCCCUUUCCCCCCUUCCAUCCUUCUCCCCCUUCCCAACCCGCCUUUCCACCCCUUUACCCUUUUGCCCCCUUUCCCCCCUUCCAUCCUUCUCCCCCUUCCCAACCCGCCUUUCCACCCCUUUACCCUUUUGCCCCCUUUCCCCCCUUCCAUCCUUCUCCCCCUUCCCAACCCGCCUUUCCACCCCUUUACCCUUUUGCCCCCUUUCCCCCCUUCCAUCCUUCUCCCGACCCCUCUGUCUCCCUGCCUCCUCCUUUCCAUAGCUACUUUCCUUCUGCUCCUCGCUCCUCUGCCUCUAUGCCUCCUAAGCCUCUCCUCGUCCGCCCCUCUCUAUCCCUCUCUCCUUCUCUUCCUCGUUACUUCUCCCGGGCCAUGCAGGAGCAGCUGCGGGUGUCGAGCAAUGAUGGGGAGAAGAAGCAGUGGAUGUUUGUGACAGAGGAUGAUAUCAAGGGGCUGCCAUGCUUCCAGGUAGAUUCUGGUGCGACUUCUGGAAGAUCCCCAAGGGGGAAGAAGAAGCAGUGGAUGUUCGUGACAGAGGAUGAUAUCAAGGGCCUGCCAUGCUUCCAGGUAGGUAGCAUCCCCCCUCCCUUGCCCCAUCCUCCCUCCCUUGCCCCAUCCCCCCUCCCUUGCCCCAUCCUCCCUCCCUUACCCCAUCCUCCCUCCCUUGCCCAAUCUCCUCUCCCUUGCUUCAUUUCCCCCUCCCUUGCCCCAUUCCCCCUUCCCCUUGCCCGUUUCCUCCUCGUGUGCCCCAUCCUCUCUCCCUUGCCCCAUCCUCUCUCGAUUGCAUUCCAGAAUGAGACGCUCAUCGCCAUCCGUGCCCCGCACGGCACCAUGUUGGAAGUUCCUGAUCCUGACGAGGCAGGCAGAGCGCACAGCGGCCCAUCGCCAUGCAGCAAGCGGUAUCAGAUCCUGCUGCGCAGUGCCAAUGGCCCCAUUGACGUCUACCUCGUCAGGUAUGACCACACCGUCCUGCCUCUGCCUUGUACCCUGUCUUUUCCCCCCUUCCACUCCUCCCCCAUUUCCACUCGCUUUCCUCCCACCUCUUUCCCCUCCUCCCAUCUCCGUCCCUCCCAAUCCCUCUCUAUCAUUCCCCUCUCCCAGAUUAUACCUCUUUCCUGCCUUCCCUCUCCACCCCCCGGGCUCCCAACCUCCCUAUUUCUCACUCGGUCUCCACUCAGCUGCAUUCUGUGA